GGAGUUCUUACGUGUUUCCUACUUACACCGUUUUUUAUCUGAUUCUCCUUCACUUCUGUUCUUAGGCAGAUUAAUAGGCACCUGAACAGACAAAUAACAGUACUACGUCUCCUUCGCACCCUUUUGACAGACUUUUGAGACUGCAAAAUAUUUUUGGAAAAUUAUUAUUGGAAAAAAGGUUACUGAAUGAUCAGGCGGACGGCAAUUUUUCAGGCUGGAACAAUCCGUUCCCCAGCACUCACAUGAACACAUUUGUAACUUGUACUUAAAUGCUGAUGGGACGUUUUUUAGAAUGUGAUAAGUGUGAAAUAGCCCAUAUUUUUAUCAGUGUUGGUUGCUGCCCACUCAUGCAAAAAAAGUUUUAUUGUGAUCAUUAAGUUGCAGGUUUCAGUGGCUGCCCAGUUGAUCCGUUUACUCUAUUGUCUCGGAAUUAAGUCGUGUCACAGAUCAUGGCUCCUUGGCCGGAGGUAGAAAAGCCUGAAACCAAUAACUAUAUUGGAGACUCUUCCAAACAAAACCAGAACAUGGCUGGGAAAGAAGGAGAAAAUCACAGAGGCAAUGUGGCUUCACUUGGAAAUAAAGGGGAAAUUCAGCCUGCAUUUUCCACAGUAGCUUUGAUAGAUGAGACAAGGCCAGAAGAAGAAGACCCAUGGGCUCUGCCGGAACUGCAGGACACUGGAGUCAAGUGGUCAGAACUGGAUAGAAAAGGAAAAAUCAUUCGUGUACUCUAUGGGAUAGGGAAGUUCAUUAUGCUGCUUGGAUUACUCUACAUGUUUGUGUGUUCUCUGGAUGUACUGAGCUCUGCUUUUCAACUGGUAGGAGGUAAAGCAGCAGGGGACAUAUUUAAAGACGAUUCAGUGCUCUCAAAUCCUGUUGCGGGACUGGUGAUUGGAGUUCUGGUGACUGUUAUGGUACAGAGUUCCAGUACUUCUUCAUCCAUCAUAGUCAGUAUGGUGUCCUCCACACUGCUGACUGUUAGAGCAGCUAUUCCUAUCAUCAUGGGAGCGAACAUUGGCACCUCAGUUACAAACACAAUUGUGGCACUUAUGCAAGCUGGGGACAGGAAUGAAUUUAGAAGGGCCUUUGCUGGUGCAACCAUCCACGAUUUCUUUAACUGGCUAGCUGUGUUUGCGCUGUUGCCCAUUGAAGUUAUUUCUGGCUAUCUCUACCAUCUCACCAAUGUCAUAGUUGAUUCCUUUCAUCUUGAAAGUGGUGAGGAUGCCCCAGAGCUGCUAAAAGUUAUCACAGACCCCUUUACAAAGCUCAUCAUUGAGCUUGAUAAAUCAGUAAUAAAUGCAAUUGCUACUAAUGACGAAUCAGCAAAAAACAAAAGCCUGGUAAAGGUCUGGUGUGUCACCGAAACUAAUGUGACACUGCAGAAUGUCACAAUUCCAUCUUCUGAAAACUGCACAUCACCUGACUUUUGCUGGACUGAGGAAAAUGUGACAUGGGCCCUCAAGAAUAUAACUGAAACAGAGUAUAUCACUAAAUGCCAACACCUCUUUGCAAACUCAGACCUGCCUGAUCUUGCCAUUGGGCUCAUCCUUCUGGCUUUGUCCCUGCUUGUUCUGUGCUCCUGUUUGAUAAUGAUCGUUAAGCUAUUAAACUCCGUGCUUAAAGGACAAGUGGCAAGUGUUAUCAAGAAGACAAUCAACACCGAUUUUCCAUUUCCUUUUACUUGGCUUGCUGGAUACCUGGCUAUGCUUGCAGGGGCUGGUAUGACCUUCGUUGUGCAAAGCAGUUCUGUUUUCACAUCUGCUAUUACCCCCCUUGUUGGCAUCGGCGUUAUAAGCAUUGAGCGCUCUUACCCCCUCACCUUAGGAGCCAACAUUGGCACAACCACCACAGCCAUACUUGCAGCUUUAGCAAGUCCUGGGAGUACAUUAAAAUAUUCAUUACAGAUUGCCUUGUGCCACUUUUUCUUCAAUAUCUCUGGGAUUAUUCUGUUUUAUCCGAUACCUUAUACCCGCCUGCCAAUCCGCAUGAGCAAGACCUUGGGAAAUAUAACAGCCCAGUACAGAUGGUUUGCUAUAUUUUAUCUUCUCCUCUGUUUCUUUCUUUUGCCUCUGUUUGUAUUUGGUCUGUCACUGGCAGGCUGGCCAGUCCUUUUGGGUGUUUGCCUUCCCCUGUUUCUUCUUUUUAUUGCCGUGGUUGUAAUUAAUGUUAUGCAGAAAAGGCAACCACAUAAACUGCCUGAGAAGCUCCAAAACUGGGAUUUCCUACCUAUCUGGAUGCAUUCCCUAGAGCCCUGGGACAAUAUGCUUAUGUCUUCACUUGCUUUUUGUGGGAAACACUGCUGUGGCUUCUGCAAGUGUUGCAAAGUCAAUGCUGAACAGGAGGAUGCCAAAGACAAGCAGCUAAAAUCUAUGGAAGUUUAUGAAAACACCAUGGCAAUGGCUGAUGAAGAAAGAGGUGGAAGAAGGGCACCAGCUGUAGCUUGUGUUGACAAAACAGGCACAAACAACACAGCCUUAUAGUAUUGGAUCCAUGCAUACUAGCAGAGAAACAGCACAGGACAGCCAGGCUCAUCAAAACCACCUUGGACCUUGCACUGAGGACAAAGUGAACAUUUCCUUAGGUUUCUGAAGCCAGUGAUACAUCACUCAUCGAGGAAGGGAGUCAAACAAGCUUGACAGAGUCCCUAGAAAAUCUAUGCUCAGUUGCAAAGCUAAGGACAGAUUUGCUAUGGAUCUAUUAUGUGGUACCUUCCUUCAAUGUUAUCAGUAGCAAACAAAAGAAUUCCUGAUGUAGUCCCAUGAAGAGAGGGAUAAAAAGAAGUGGCAAUCAAUUCAAACUUAAAACCAAUAAACAAUGCACUUCUACAACAGCCUUUCUGACCUACUGACUCAACAGAAAUUACUUCAUGAUACCUAAAAAGCCCUUGAAAUUAAAAAAAAAAAAAAAUCCUAAUGUUUUCAUUGGCCUGUCUGCAGUGGUCCAAAUGGGAAACAGUAGCUCUCCUAGAAUAGACCAAAUCUAUUCUAUGUGUGAAGGAAAAUGAAAUGCUGGGUUAUCCUUCAGAAGCUCUUAGAGUCCUACUCUGGCAUAAGGGUGCACAUAGCCCAUUUGGAGCUCUCUCUGUCUCCUCUAACAGCGGGGACUAUGAGGAGCUAUAAUCUUUUGUUAUCUCAGGCUAAAGACCAUAAAAGUAAUUGCUUCUCCCUCUGCCUGCUAAAUGUUAAGAAUUGUGUGUGGAGACAUCGGGUUGCUACCAAAGGUCUUGACUGACCGAGGAUGUGAUUGCGUGGCCAUUCCUCUCCCUAGGUGGUCCUCUUCAGUCCUGUUCACCAUGUAAUCCCACAACCAUGGACUGGUGCAGGAAGGAGGACAAGUGGCCUCGGUAGGGGAGGAGAGAGCUGUGCCAGCCUGGGCUGAUGCCAGGAGAUCUGUGUGCAGCUGUGGCUCCAUUUGCCUGAGUCACAAACCGAGUUUUCAGAGUAGCAGUGGAGACUGGUUUUAGACCCACAACAGAGAGAGCCUGCAGAGCAGAUUAUGGCUAGCACAGGGCAUCUGGUAAUGUUUACUGGAGAGAAAGGGGUUUUCAUUAUCCUUUUGUGCUCCAAAACCACCCUACUUGGAAAUAAUGUGAAUUUUACAGGCAAUUGUAUGUAGCAAUCCAAAACCCAAAUAAAAUCUGUAAGGAGUGUAGUCACUACAAUGUCUAGCAAAUCCAUGGGUAGUGCAAUACUUGGUAGGAAGCUGCUUGUGCUCAAAUUUUACCUUAUUGAACUUUUAGUAAAUGCUUGUGAGACUGCUCUGAAUCAUGGGCUGACAGAAGGCAUAAUUUCAAAGUCAGAAGACGAUAAUUUCAAAGAUGCACUCAGUACUUCUGCUGGUUUUCAACAGCUUAGAUAUUACUGAGUAUGAGACAAUAUAUGAAGUCCAAUCACUGACAUUCCCCAAAAAAUUAGGUGGCUGAGUGUAAACCAAGUGUCAUUUAAAGCCCAUUUAAGUGGCUGAAUUUUAAAUUAAAUGUGUAAUGAAAAUGCUGAGAAGACCCUUAGUGUAACAAAGCCACUCAGUGCUGCUAGAACACAAUGACUUCUGAACAGUUGUUUUCUGCAGAGCUUGGAAUUCAGUAGGUUAAAUUCUGCCAUCAGGUAAAUACAUACAUUUUUGAAGUGAAAAUUUUUUCAUUUACUUUUUUAAACUAGCAUUAAAACUGACAAACUAAGUGUUUGCAAAUUGCAUUCAAACUGAGAUUCUGUUUCUGUAAUUGUGAGCCAGUGACAAAGUACUUAGAAUCAGAGUGAAUUUCCAAAAACAUCUAGUUUUGGUAUAGUUCUGCUCUUUUGGAGUGUAGUGGCAAACAGCAGAAUUAUGUCAAAUGUUCUUUCUAAAGUUAUUUUCUUUAUGCUUCAUAUAGUUGAAACAGAAUUUUGUCACCAUCUCAUUUUUAAAGUGGAAUUUUUAUAUUUUCAGUAAUUCUUCAUUUUAUUCUCACAAUUCUGGAUGCUUUUUGAAUCUGUUUCUUUAAAUCCCAGUAUGCAUUUCCCAUACCCUGUUUUUUUUGGGAAAAAUAUGAGAAAAAUAUCCAGAAUUGCUUUCAAAUUAUCUUAUGUUUCCAUUGACCACCCAUUGAAAGAGGAAACAUUUUAGUCUACUUUUAAUCAUUUCUUAAACAACAUGCACCUUAUUUUGCCUCUUGAAGUAAAGCCACCAAGAACAGUGAUAAUAACUGUGGGAAAGCAAUUCUUCCAAAAGAAUCAAGGUAAUAAUUGUCAGGCAUAUCAGUACUUUACUGUUCCUCUUUGUAACGUCGCCCCUAUGAUUUCCUCUUCUUGUUCCAGGCCAUACCCUGCCAUUGUGUUAAGCAGAUUCCAACAAAUAUUUCUGCUUAAUACAGCAUGAUACGUCCUGGUACACUCACCCCCACGCUCUUACUAAAAGAUAUUUACGCUUUAUUUAUAAUUGUUGGAGUGUACAGAAUUUUUCAUAACUUAUAGAGAAAAAGGCUCAAGAUUGUGUUAUAUAUUACAUAUUUGAACACUAUGCAAUGUUUAUCUAUAAAAAUGUAAAAAGGAACGACUGUAUAUUUUGUAAUAUAACUUUUCAUUUGUUUGUAACUCUGUUUACUGUGUAUUAUGGAGACUGUUGUUUCCAUCACUAGGUUACUUAAAGGUUGUUAGUAAUGCAGAGACAGAUUUCUUGGAAGACAAAAAACAAUUACAGACUUUCAUAGUAUUACUUAAUUCA